AUGGCAGACGAGGAAGGAGCAGCACCGGAAGCGCCCCCACAGGGCGAAGCUGCAGCACCUCCAGCUGAAGCUGAGGCUGCACCGUCUCCCAGCAAAGUGGCACCACCACCAUCUGCUAGCCAGGCUGCGGUACCGCCAUCUGCUAGCAAAGCAGCUGUGCCACCCUCUGCUAGCCAAGCGGCAGUACCCCCGUCUGCUAGUAAAGCUGCGGUACCACCAUCUGCUAGUCAGGCAGCUGUUCCACCAUCUACUAGCAAAGCGGCAGUAGCACCAUCUCCAAGCAAAGCGGAAGCAGAAACAGGACCGAAACCUAGUAGAGUAGAGGCUGCACCAACACCUAGCAAAGCAGAAGCUGCGCCGACUCCCAGCAAAGUAGAGGCUGCACCGGCUCCCAGCAAAGCAGAGGCAGCUGUUAAACCCAGCAAAGUGGAAGCCGGAGAGGGAGAGACACCAUCAACGGAGAAGGAGCCGCAGCGGAAAUCUCGCAGCAAGAUGUCCGUGACGGCGGGCUCCCGCAUUUCUGUACUAGCUGGCCAGAGACCGGUGAGGAUGAAAGCAGGCACUACUGCUACCAUCUUCUGGUAUCAGGGCAACAAGUAG